AUGACAAAAGAUAAGCUUAUGUUAAGCGCCGGUCUAUAUAUUGAUGAGUUAAACAAAAUCCGUAUAAUUGAUCCACAAUUGACUGAUAAAAGCAGUGAAUUGAAGAAUGAAGGAAUUGAAUUCAUUGAAAAGACACAACAAUUUCAGAAAAUUAUUGACAAUUUUGUUGAAAUAGUUGAAAAUCUGGCCAAACAUGUGGAGAGUGCAAGAAUUAGAGCAAUCGGUUCCCGAAAUCUAUUGAAGACAUUCGAGCAAAAGCAUGAAUCAGAUAUACAACAGUUGCGAACAUUGAUUAAGGAAAAGAAACACGAGUUGGAUAGACUUCGUGUUCAAUACGAUUCAUUAAAACGUGAAGAAUCGCAACAAACAGAUCUAAUGAACAGUCUAUUAGAUAAUAAAUAA